GGAGAAGCCGUUGGCCAGGAGCCGUUUGAAGUCUGGAACGGCGGCGGCGAAGGGCUGAUCUCCGUUUACCCCGCUGCGGGAGGAAGGAUGGCCCGCUGAGGAGAGAUUCUAGGUGACAGAGCUGAAAAUGUAUCCACCCGGUGAAAAAUCUGGAUUAGGAGAGGCUGUUGCAACAGACGGAAACGACCAAGAAAUAAAAAACGGCGAGCAGGAAGGCAGCACUUCCAGCAAUGGGGACAGCUUAAUUAAAGCAGAAGAAAAGCAUCAACUGUUUGAAGGAGACCAAGGGGAAGAAAGGGAUAUUUGCUAUGACAAUCCAAAAUUGAAAACCGGUGAUGUUGAUUAUAGCAAUGGAGAACCAGCACUGAAAAGAGAAAAUUCCGGGAGUGUCACUGAUCAAAAGACUAUUGAGAAGACAAAUAAUAAUCAUAAGCCAGUACUUGAUUCAUCCUCUAGAGAAUCAGACUUAAACAAGUGUGGCUUGCGAAUGACCAAAAAACUGUUGCGGGAUCUCUGCAAACAGCACAAGUUAUAUACAACUCCAAGCUUGAAUGACACCCUCUAUCUCCAUUACAAAGGAUUUGAUCGUUUGGAGAACUUGGAAGAAUACACAGGCUUAAGGUGCCUGUGGCUCGAGUGCAACGGCCUGACAAAGAUUGAGAACCUGACUGCGCAGACGGACCUGCGUUGCCUUUAUCUUCAACUCAAUUUGAUCCACAAAAUUGAGAACCUGGAACCUUUGCAGAAACUGGACUCUCUCAACCUCAGCAACAAUUACGUCAAGACCAUUGAGAACCUCUCUUGUUUGAAAGUUCUCCACACUCUCCAGAUUGCUCACAAUAUGUUACGCACAGUGGAAGACAUACAGCACUUGCAGGAAUGCCCGAGUAUCAGCGUGCUCGAUCUCUCUCACAAUAAGCUGGAUGAUCCACAUAUUUUAGACAUCCUGGAAACCAUGCCUGAUUUGCGUGUGUUGAACCUAAUGGGAAAUGAAGUCAUUAAGAAAAUAACUAACUAUAGGAGGACACUUACUAUCCGAUUAAAACAACUGACAUAUUUGGACGACAGACCGGUUUUCCCAAAGGAGAGAGCCUGUGCAGAGGCCUGGGCUGUAGGGGGGCGUGAAGCCGAAAAACAAGAAAAGGAAAUGUGGGAAUCGAAAGAAAGGAAGAAGAUACAAGAUGGUUUGGAUGCCCUCACUGCAGUCCGAGAAAAAGCCAAAGAGAGGAAGAAACAGAAGGAAAUGAAAGAAAUGGAUAGAGGCUCAGCCGAUGAAAAAGAACAUCCGGAGACAAUCCCAUCUUCAAGCAACGACGCUGUGGCCGAAAAUGGAGUGGAGGCAUCAGAUGUUUUGGAACCACUGCAGACGAAGCAGAAGAUUGAGAAAUUUGUGCAAACCACUCUGGGCGCCCACGAAGAAGCUAUAGCUGCAGAAGAAAUCUUGGGUGAUCAGUUGAGGAGAUCAGAGAGUAAUGCACGUGAGCAGGAAGCACAGGAAGAGGAAUCAAAGGUGGCUCCUGGCUUCACACCUUUUGAAAAAGAAACAGUUUAUAGGCUCACUACCGAAGGGCCACUGCGAACUGAAUGCACUGACUUGACAGAUAUUGAAAACAUUACGUUGGAUGUGCCAGAAAAACUUUUCCUCGAUGAACUUCCUGAUUUAGAAGAUAUAGAUACUCUUGGCGAAGAUUCACCGAAGGAGAACAUCUUCACCAAAAAGCAAAUAUCUCCUCCCAAAAUUGAAGUGAUUUCUGAAACCAGCCAUGAGAGAAGCUAUACUGAGGGCAAUGUCAUGACUUCUGACAAUUCACUAACAACCGAAGUCUUAAACUCCAUUUUUUCAAAAGAUUCUACGGUACCUGAACUCGGUGUCAAAGAAACCAUUAGGCCAAUUGUCCAAGAUCUUCUUGGACCACAAAAGAAAACCGAGGAACAUCAAGCAAAACCUCUAGCACCUUUAAUUGAAGACAUCACUCCUGAAUCUUCAGAGCCUUCACGACAUGAUCAAAAUGGACUCAUUCCAGAUGCUACUGAAAAUGUAGAGAUUCAGUCCGUAUCACCUUGCCUAGAUGCAGAGCAGCCAGUAUUAGAAGCGAGUGAAGAUGCUGAGCAGGCGUUGGACUGAGGACUGAGGCGGAGAGUGGGAUACAUCCUGAUGGUUUCAUCUGCCUAGUCCCUCUCCUUCUCCAUCUGCCAUUUGAUCACCAACCUGUGCGUGGGAUCGCCUGGACUGAGGACAUCCAGAGCUGCCCCAUGGUGUGGAGCUAGGAGCCUCUAUGGCUCCUCAAGAUUUCAAGUAGGAAUUCAUAUUUAACUUUUGGGGUUCUGUUAGCACAAUGCAG